GAGAGAACGAGGGCAAAUCACGUGAUCCUAGAAGCUACCUGUCCAUCGUCCAGAGAGAGAGUCAGCCAGCCCCGUUAUAAUACACACCAGUUCCCAUUGAUCACCCAGCUACCCAACUGAUUUAGGAAUACUGAGACAGAUCAGCAGCUGCAGUAAUUCAAGUAUUAUACAGAGCGUGAAGAAGAAUAACGCCUGUCUUUUAGUUACGAACAAAGUUGAGAGAACUUGCAGGUCAGAUGUUUUAGUGAUAAUAAAUAAGUUAGAAUAUUGUUUUUUUUUGCAGCAAACCCUUUUGUGCUGUGUUUUGAAUUGUGUAACUAUAAGUAGAUUCGGCUGAUCGAAGUAUAGCCGCUAGCUGUAAGAUAUUUCAAAGUCAAAGUAAUUUUAGUUUUGGGUCAAGCUUUUGUGGUAUAGAAAGUUUAUCUGUCGUGUACAUUGUACAAUCAUUAUUUUAUAAUACAAUAGUUAUGAGGUAUUCUUCACUAUUAAAUGACACAUAGUGAAAUUCUUGCUCAAUGCUCAUAUACAUUAUUUGAACACAUUAGCUUAAGUAUUUACCUCUAAAAAACAUUAAAAAUAGGAAUGGCCGAACGUGAUAAUGACAACCUCGAUAUUGGACAGGGUGAAGUUCAACCUCCAUUACCUCCUAGGCAAAAUCAUGUUAAUCAGGGAGCCCCACUUCAAUUUCUCCGAGCACCUCCUUUGUUAAGAAUGGACAAUGACUUAGAGUUAUACAUCCGGCGUUUCCAGAGCUAUGUCGAUAGUAUCGGAGCUAGAGAUAACGAGAUACCUCACAUUCUCAUAAAUUGCUUAUCCGAUGAGUGUCUACUCGCGGUAGAGAGGCAUAUAAGACCAGAGAUCACCUUUGAGGAAUUGUUGAUAGUGCUAAGGAGAGAAUUAGGGAUCGGAGGAGGAAAUAGGGAAGAGUCGAAGUCUUUACUGAGGAAGACCCUGCGCCAACGUAAUGAGUCUGUGAGAGCUUUCUAUAUUAAAUUGUACAACAUUGCUAAGAAGGCCUACCCCGGAGACGAGUUAGUACUUGUGAGGGACAAUGCACUAAGAGAUAGCUUCAUAAAUAACAUACAGGAUGCCAAUAUCAGUGCCCGACUUAGAGAAACACCUGAGCUACAAAAUGAACAACUUUUAGAGAGGGCAGACCUUCUCAUCAACUGCAAAAACGCUUCCCUAUCUAGGACCCAAGCUGUCAACGCUGUGGAUACAGCCAUCACGCCGGACAUUAAUGAUACAACCAAUAAGUUAAACACUAUUAUAGAUUUACUAUCUGUUAAUGCAAUCAGCCAAGUCGCACCACGUGAAGUUCAGCCUGUAAACCCAAAUACCGAUACUCCCGCUUACAAUAAUGGCCUCAACCUCCCAUACAAUUACCAAGGAUCACGUGUAAGCAUCGGACUACCUAACAUAAAUUACUAUGGACAACAGUCCAACAACUUUGACAACAUGGCUUUCAGCAGCCAAAAUGCACGUUACAACAACUAUUACCGUGAAGGACGAGGACGAGGCCAAGGUUCCUACAAUGACCAUGAGGACAAUGACUUUAAUUAUAGGUUUUAAGUUGUGGGCAUGUAUAUUUCUUUUCUUUUUUUUUCUUUUAUUAAAAAAUUAAUUUAUUGAAGCUUGUGGCAACAAGUCUGUAUAUAUUAAUCAUGACACACCAACAUUUAUACCAGAUUCCUGGAAAUCCUUUAAUUCCUGGUAAUGGCAUUAGUGGCUCUAAAUUUCUUAGAAAUUCUGAAAUUCUCUGUGCAAAUUUAAUUAGUGUGUUGAUUCCUAGAAAUCCAAAUCCACCCGUUAUAUUAAAAUUUAUUAAACCUUAUGCCCAUGGAUUUAGAGAUUUGUUUU